CCAUUUGGCUCACUAUACAAAAUUAUCCUUAAAUGUAUAAUGGGUGUCAAAGUAUCUCUCAGAUUUAAUUGUCAAAAUUUUUCCUACUUAGGGUUAUACAAAAGCUAUUUCUAGGGGGGAAUGUAUGAAUUUUGGAGAGAUGAUCAUCGUGGUUUUAAGGGAGAGAAAACAUUAUCUUUGAGUUAAAUCCACAUAACCGUAAAAAGAACCAAAGAAACUUCAGCAAGAAUAUUUCUAUCCUUUACAUUUUAAUGUGCCCUGGCAUACAAAGAAGAGAACAACCAAUGUUACAUUUGCAGAAGCUGAACUGGAGUCCGUGGACUUAGAUAAGUGAUUUAAAAGUCCUCCAACCCAGUUUCGAAACAGACAAUCCUUUGUUAAAACAAAAUACAUUUUCCAGUAGUACUCUAUUUUUCCUCUUACUUCAGUCAUUUCAUUUACUAUUCCAUGUUAUCCUAGGUUUUUAUUUUUAUUUUUUUCCAUGUGUAAAUAUCCUUAUUGACAUUUCAACUUCUUCCUGUAAGGUUUUGGAGAGGGAAAUAUUUACACUUGAUCCAAAGUUUACACAAAAUCUCUUUGUAACAAAUGACCAGAAAAAAUCGUACCUCACUGACCGAGUUCAUCCUGCUGGGAUUAGCAGACACCCUGGAGCUACAGAUCACCCUCUUUUUGUUCUUUGUUGUGAUUUACACACUCACAGUCCUGGGGAAUGUGGGGAUGAUCCUGCUAAUCAGGGCAGACUCUCGACUUCACACACCCAUGUAUUUCUUCCUGGCUAACUUGUCUUUUGUGGAGGUUUGCUACUCGUCCACCAUCACCCCAAAGAUGCUGGUAGAUCUCUUGUCUGAGAAGAAAACCGUCGCCUUUGCUGGCUGCUUCCUGCAGAUGUAUUUCUUUAUCGCCCUGGGAACAACUGAAUGCAUCCUCUUUGGGUUAAUGGCCUAUGACCGUUAUGUGGCCAUAUGUAACCCACUCCUCUACUCCUUAAUCAUGUCCAGGAGAGUCUGCCUUAAAAUGGCAGCUGGGGCCUUUACAGCAGUAUUACUGAACUCCAUGGUUAACACAAGUUAUGUAAGCAGCUUACCAUUGUGUGGUUCCAAUAUCAUCCAUCACUUCUUCUGUGACAGCCCCCCUCUUUUUAAGCUCUCUUGUUCUGACACAAGCCUGAAUGAAAGCAUCUUUUCCACUUUUGCCUGCGUGAAUAUGUUUGGAACUCUGCUGGUCAUCAUUACUUCCUACUCCUACAUUCUCUUCUCCAUCUUUCAUAUGCAUUCAGGGGAGGGGAGGCGCAAAGCAUUCUCAACUUGUGCCUCCCACUUGACUGCUAUAAUUCUGUUCUAUGCAACCUCCAUCUGUACUUAUUUGUGUCCCAGGUCUAGUUACUCCCUGAGUCAGGAUGAAGUGGCUUCUGUGUUCUACACAGUAGUGAUCCCCAUGCUGAAUCCCCUGAUCUACAGCCUCAGGAAUAAGGAAGUAAAGAAGGCUUUGUGGAAUGUGACUACCAGGAAAAGAAUCCCUUCAUUUCUGAUGCUGCCUGGUUAAUUUUUCUGAACUAAAUUGAGUAUUUAGUUAUUUCCCGAACAAAAUAAAGUUUUUGAUUAACUUCCAAGGGCUAAUUCAAACAUACAGGUUCUCAUUAGAAUAUUUUCAAAGUAAACACAUUCUUUUAAUACUCAGAUAUCUGUAUCUAAUUAGAGAUAAGAUAAAUUAGACAAAUAAUAACAGGGGCAUGGAUGUUUAUGCUAUGAUCAGUCUAUAUGGUCACUGGGUCUUUUAAAAUAGAACUUAUUUAUAAUGCACACUUGGCUGUAGAAAAAAGGAGAUUAAGUAUUUAGAGACAAAAGUCACAAUAUCACAUAGAACUAGCCAUAUAGAAUAUUUUGGUCCACCAAAAAAAAAAAAAAAUUUUUUUAUUCAAUGUUUUCCCAUAUGCAUUCUUUUUUACCACUUGUUAAGAUAACUGUUAGCUAUCUAUAACAUAUUUCAUAAAUGCUUUGAAGUUAUAACGGACUUUUUUUUUUAAUUUAGAUAUAUAUCAUGGAAGGGGUGCUUAAAUCAAACUUCAGGACUAAACUUUUAUUACACUUUCAAGCUUUUAUCUUUCUAUUUCUCUUUCCCUAUCGCACCUACAUUUGUUAAAGAAUGAGUGUGGCUUCAUGCAAAAAAUGGCUCUUAAGGACACUGCUGACUGAUUUGAAUGCGCCAAUGACAGCACUCCUUUCAUUCCCUGACCUUUUUCUUGAAACUUUCUGAACCCUUCUUCCCCUUUCUGUCUUCCAGAGUCACACACACAUAAACACCCAUCAAAAAAAAAAGAUACAACCCAGUCAGCUAUUACAAAGGGUUCCAAUAGACGACAGACUUUUAAAGGAAGUAGAUGAGUCUUCAAUGGAUGAAUCUAACACAAAUUCUUUAUUAGGUUCUUGAUUUCCUUCAUAGAAAUCUUCUUUCAAUUGGUAAUAGAGAGCAAUUGAAAGUCACCUUAAUAUAAGUGGGAAGCACAAUUAAUAUAGAGGUUGCCAUCAAAGGUUUACUUACAAUGUGUGUUUUAAGGAAAUUAUGUAUUGAUCAAAACAUCGCAUAAUGAAACAGUAAUAUGUGGCUUCCGCUGUAAAACUUAGGGAUAGAAAAAACGUGUUGGAGACGCAAUAAAGUCAUUCCGAUGUUUGGGGUUUUCAGCAUGUCUUAUUUUGAGCCAUGUUCUCUGCUGUCUAACUCAGCUGUCCUCAAUCUGACUAAUCUCAUUUACAAAGUCUACAGAUAUUGCCGUCUUUGGAAGCUAGUACCACCUCCUGAUGCUGGGUCCAUUUUAAUUCAUUGAACAUGUGUUUUACAUAGAUUUUGAUACUUUCUCUAACUCCUAAUUACAUGUAGUAAAACUCUUUUUUAAAAAAAAUUGUCAAAUUCCCUGGCUUAUUGUUCAAUGUAUUUAUAUGAAAAAAAUUUCAAAAAAUUUUAUUUUCUCUAACUCAAAGGAAAUUUUGCUUUAAAAAGUAAUGAGAAACAUAAUUUUAUAUAUAAUGUGAUUUCCUCACCUCUUUCUUUAACAUUUGACAAUAUUUAUCAAACCCUCCUUUAUAAAGUUAAUGCUCUUUUGGUCUCUUUGAUAUAGUAUCCUAAUUGUUUUUAUUUUUCUACUUUCCCAAUCUCUCUUGUUUUCACUUAAAUAUUUGAUGUUACACCCUUCCCAAACUUGCACAGGUAUCAAUUAAUAGUUCACCUUUGCUCAAUUUUUUUUUUGGAUAAUGAAUUUGUUAAUGUUAAUUAAUGGAAUUUGAGAUAUUGCCACUAGGUUUUGUUCUGCAUGUUAUGUUCAGUAGUGAUUAUCCAUUGCCACCAACUCAAUUCCAACUCAUAGCAACCCUACAGGACAAAGUAGAACUGCCUCCUAGGAUUUCCAAGAAGCACCUGGUGGAUUUGAACUGCCGACCUUUUGGUUAGCAGCCAUAGCACUUAACCACUACACCACCAGGGUUUCCCAAUAGUGACUAAAAAAAAAAAAAGAUUGCUAUCAAGUUGCUUCCAACUCAUAGAAAUCCUAUAUGACAGAGUAGAACUGCCCCAUAGAGUUUCCAAGGAGCACCUGGUGGAUUGGAACUGCAGACUUUUUGGUUAGCAGGCAUAGCUCUUAACCACUACACCACCAGGGUUUCCUAGGUGAGGCCAAAUAGAGACUUGGUUUACAAAAUGUGAACAUUACAAAGCUGAAAAAGGAAAUAAUUUGGAAGAAAUAAUGGAAUUCAAGAAUCAUAUAGAUUCAAAUAAUAAACCAAAAACAUUAAUGUUAUAUUACUAAGAGACAGAGUCCCAUAUAUAGACAGAAAACAAAUGUGUACAAAUGGUUUAAUAUUAAUGUAUAGAAAUUUUUGAAUUCUCUUAAAUGUCAACUAGCAUGUACACCAUACUUUACAUAGCUCUAUUAUCUAUGGGAAGUCAUGCUUCUAGUUAUAAAAUAAGACUAAUGCCCUAGUUAAUUGAAGAAAUAAUUCCAUUUCAAUUCACACUGGUCCUAUAAAACCAAUGACGGUAUAUUAAUUUAUAGUCAACAUGCUUCA